GCAAGAGAAACAUACAUAGAAGUUAAGGUUGUGAUCUCCCCCUCCUCCAAACAAGGUCAUGAUCUUUCCUUCUAUAUUAUAUUCUAUUAACAACUUCUCAAAUAAUUGCAUCAGCUUUUUCUUUAAUCUUAACCAACACAAUAGAUUGCAAAAUAUUUGGUUUUUUCCUUAUCCUUUGCAUUCUAAUUGUUGUUGGUUCUUAAAAGAUUAAAACAGAAAAACAACAUGGCGACUCGACCGAUUAUUAGUUUUGUUGAGCAAUACUUAGGAAAGUUUCCACAUUUUGUGUUAUGCAUGGUGCUUGAAUGGGUGAUGACAAUUUCAUUCUUCAUUGAUGGGUUUCUUACAUUUUUCACCACCGAGUUUGCAAGAUUCUUUGGUUUGGAUAUCCCGUGUUGGCUAUGCGCCAAAAUGAAUCAUGUCUUGGCUCACAAGACUCCUAUUUUUUAUUACAACCAUUCCAUGUGCGAAACUCAUAAGAAAGAUGUUUCGUAUUUGGCGUUUUGUCAUAAUCAUAAGAAGAUUUCUGAUAUAAGGAAGAUGUGUGAAGGAUGUUUGCUUUCAUUUGCAACGCAGAAGGAAUCGGAUUAUGAUACCUAUAAGUCUCUUGUAGAGGUUCUCAAUAGGAAUCUUGAGUGCUUUGUCGAUGAUGGCAAAAAUAUUCAAUUGAGAUUGAAGUAUGAAGGAGUCUUGCAGGUUGAGAAAGGCAAUACUCAGAUGUGUUCAUGUUGUGGAGCACCAUCGAAACUCAAGUCUUCUAUCCCAAAAUGCAAAAAUUCAGGUUCAUUUUUACAAGCUUCAUCGCAAGCUCAUCCAUUCGUCACUUCAAAAUAUGAGGAAUCCUGCGAUCUGGAUUCGCCUCAAAUCAUGUAUGCGAAAAAAGACUCAGAACUUCCACAGAAUGAGGAUGACAGCAACCUGAAAAAUCAGAAUAUUCAAUUAAAGGAAGAAGUAUCGAAAGGCACUUCUUUGCCUCUAUUGACAGAAUCCGGCGUAGAGUCCCCGAAAACACCGUCUUUGCCAUGGGGAAACAGGAUCGUGGGAGUCCCACGUACAGAUUCUCCAAACAACAGUCCAAGAUGGUCUUCUGGGGACAGCAAGAUAUCAUCUCUAGAUAAGUCGCAAUUUUCCUCCUCUGACUCUAUCAACGGGGAUUAUCAAAAUGAAGUAGCCAUUGCCGUCGUAAACAAUUUGAAGAAGCAAGUUCGUUUGGAUCGUAAGUCCCUCAAGGAUUUGUACACGGAGCUGGAUGAAGAGAGAAGUGCUUCAGCUGUUGCUGCUAACAAUGCAAUGGCCAUGAUCACGCGCUUACAGGAAGAGAAAGCGACUUUGCAGAUGGAUGCUUCACAGUAUCAAAGAAUGAUGGAAGACCAAAUAGAGUAUGAUGAAGAGGUCUUGCAAGAAACUAAUGAUUUGCUUAUCAAACUUGAGGAAGAAGUCAAAACUUUAGAUACUGAAUUGGAUAUUUACAGAAAUAAAUAUGGAUACUUAACAAGAGAUGAUAUUAUGGCUCAUGGUGGCAACGACGUUUCAACCAGGUCCGUUGAAGGUGAGGAUGAUGUGGAGAAAGACCUUGAUCUUGAUCAACCUGCUUCGCCACAGGUGGAUAAUGGAGGGGGAAAGAUCAAGGAGACACUAAAAGAUUUCAGAAUGGAAAGAACAUAUCUUCUUGGCCUAAAGAAAAUGGAAAACGGAACUCCCUUGACAGAGAAUGAAAUCUGAGACGGUAGUAUUGUAACGUUGUCCUUUAAGGUGAACAACGCAAGAACACCGUCGGAAUCUCUCUUAUUGAGUAUGCUCAAACUCACAUGAUUAGAACUAAGAUAGUUUGAUUUCAUUGAUUCAAGAAGCCAAAAGAAGUCUAGCUUGUGCUGAAGACUCGAAAGCGGGGAGUAAAAUUAUUUGAUCUCCCUGCUGUAAGAUAUUUGCAACCCUUGGGAUCAGAUGCCUUGGAAGUUUCAAGGCAUGUUAACAUCCCCAUUGCUAGGCUUGUUGUAUUCUUUGCUAGGAUAAUUUCGAUACUUGUGUAAAUUUUAUUUUUCUUUCCUUAUCGGUAUAUACUUCUUUCUUGCAUGGAAGCACUACUGAUACAACUGGUUCUGAUGUUUCACUAAGUUGCAAGUCAAAACCUCUCUUUUGUAAAAAACUAUAAAUUGAAUGAUGAGAUCUUACUACAACUGCAUAUUCUUGUGAAUGAAAACAGCUUUUAAUGAACAAUAAGACACAAACAUGUGAGACAUAUUUAUCUUUAUUCAAUCUGAUUCUUACAAAGUUACAAUGA